AUGAACGGCCGACCACUGCGAGUGGAGGCGCCCAUCACUGGCAACCCGGCGCCGGACGUCGAGUGGCGAUUCAACGGCACCAGUUUGGACAGUAGAGUGGCCAACAUGUCCAUCGAUGGCAACAAAGUGAUCGUCAGCGUCGACAGCGUCGACAAGCCUAACGAUGGCCUCUACACCGUCACCGCCAACAACUCGGAGGGCAGUGACGAGCACUCGUUCCGCGUCACCGUCAAUGUCGAGCCGUUAGCCCCGACACUAGAGGUCAGGCUUGUAGACGGUGCGGACCCCACCAGCGGUCUGGAGCUGUUUUGUCGACCGCCGGCCAACGAUGGCGGCCAACCCAUCACUGCCUACGAGUUCGCUAAGUAUGACAAACAGGCGAACGCGUGGAAACCGGUGGCCACUGUUCAGUGCCAGGGGUUGGCCGACACCUCUACUUGUGGUCGGCUUAAACUGACCGAACCAUACGAUGGCAACUACUCGGUGGCGGCGAUUAACUCUGUGGGCAAAUCGCCACCGGUGACAGUGGCCCUGGAGCGGCCCCCAUCGCCCAACAAUGUGACCGUGGUGGAUAAUCGGGAAAAGGUUGUGCUCGAGUGGGUCCCACCAAAGAGUGCUGGAAACACUAGCGCCGGUAGUAUUAGCGGUCCCAUCACUGGCUAUAUUGUCGAGUCCAAGGCGGCCACACCGGCCGACUCGCCGUGGGUUAGGCGCGUGAAAACACCGGACGCCACGCCCCGGGCUAUCGUGACCGGCGUUAAGCCGCCCGAAGUGCACGCGUAUCGGGUCCGGACGGUCAAUAGAAUAGGGAUUAGCGACCCGUCGAAGUCGACGCCAAACACGCCGACCGUACCGACAAACAACGCCCCGACCAUCGAUAAGACAUCGUUGAAAGACAUCAAUCUGGAUAGGGGUAAGCCGUUAAGAGUGGUGGCGCCGGUGACUGGCGGUGUGCCGGCACCGGGCGUCGUUUGGAAGAUAAACGGCACAAAGCUCUCAGACCCACGACUGGCCAACGUGUCGACCGUCGACAACAACUCGGUGCUGACCGUACGGGCGGUGGACAAACGGCACGAGGGUUUGUAUACCGUGUCCGCCAACAACGUGGCCGGUAUGGACGAGGCCUCGUUCCGGGUGACCGUCAAUGUGGAGCCGCCGGCACCCAAACCGCUCACCGUCGCGCCCCAUAACGGCACGCAUCGGGUACUGACGUGUAGAGCCCCGCCACCAAACAACGCCCGACCCGUCAUUGGCUACGUGUUUGAAAAGUAUGAUAAUCUGACCGAUAGUUGGUCACCGGCGGCCAACGUUACCUGUCGAGUGCCCGACGAUAGCCAGUGCUGUCGCACACCGUUGACGGACACGACCGGCGGUGUGUAUAGCGUGAGGGCUGUAAAUAGUUUGGGUCUCAGCGACCGAUUUGUGGCCCAAAUACCGUCCGAUUGCCCGCCCCGUCCCAAGGCUUUCGUAAUGCCUAUGAAUGUCACCCAACGGGCCGUCCAUUUGGUCUGGGAGUCCGUCGAGUAUAGCUCGCCGUAUAUUUAUCAGAUUGAAGAGCUGGACAAAGGCACCGGCCAGUGGGCACCUGUGGCCAACACAACACAAACCAGCCAUUGGGUUACGAACCUGGGCUGCGAAUCGGUCCAUAAAUACAGGCUUACCGUAAUGGGCGAGUCGUGUCCGUCGGAGCCCCUCUACUCCCAAACCAUAGACACCGGGAGUGUUCGUCCGGACCCACCCGGAGGGCCGUUAACGGUGACAAACAUCACUAAAAUCUCGGUUGUCGUGCGCUGGACAGCGUCGGACUGUGCCAAAACGUACAAGGUGGAAAAACAGCGCACCGGCACCACCGCGUGGGUACCGGUGGGCCAAACGGCCAGCACACGGGUGCGGGUGAAGAAUCUAUUGAAAAAUUCAAUGUAUAAGUUUAGAGUACGUGCCGUAAACUCGGCGGGCGUAGAGUCGGCGCCCCUGGAGUCGGCUGUGGCCCAGACUCUCGAUGAAGAGUGCGCUGCGUUCAAGUCAACGCCGGUGGGUCUCGAGGCUGUCAGUGUGACCGCAGUUGGCCUCGAGUUACGCUGGACUGGUCUGAACUCACCCAUAGAUGAGCCGGUUGUUUAUAUGAUUCAAACUCAAAACGUGAGCACUGGUAAGUGGGCUGACGUGAGCGACCUUAUCAGCGACACCCGUUUGCAAGUAGACGAGUUGGACUGCGGCCGAGACUAUCGGUUUCGACUGCGGGCUAAGUGCGGUAAGUGUGUCACCGAUUGGGCGCAAACACUCGUUACUAAGACACUGGCGAUGGCGCCGUCGCCACCGAUAGGUCCGGCCAUUGCGUCCAAUCUAUCCGAACAGGGAUUUACAAUAAAAUGGGGUCCACCGGAGCGCACCUGCGGCCUACCGGUGCAGUACACGGUCCACAAACUGACCAACAAUACAGUCGACCCCCGAUAUAUUGGCGAUACGACCGACACUAAACACUUUAUUCCGAGCGCUGAGAUUAAUUACAAACAAAACUUCAGGUUCGCGAUAGUGGCCACCACUAGUGCCGGCACAUCCGAGCACUACACCUCGUACUGGCUAUCGGGCGCUCAGUUGAGACCAGCAAAACCCCCAACCGUACCCACCGGACUACUAAAAGUGACCGUCAAUGGCGACAAAACCACUCUAACCUGUAAACCCCCGGCCAGUAAUGGGGGUAAACCAGUGCUGGGCUACUCGUUUGAGCGCCGGGACGACAGGUCGGGUGACGGCCCGUGGAAAAUGGUUUCGGUGGUCGAGUGCUCGCCGCCCGACGACCCCGAGUGUUGCCGCACAACAGUGGACACCAGUGGCGGCACAUAUCGGGUUAAGGCUAUGAACGUUAAAGGCCUGUCACCGCCGUUGGAACAACAGGCGCCGAUAGCACAGCCUCCCGGUCCACCCAUUAAUGUUAUGGCCUUUCUUACUGUUGGAGACAAUCUAUUUGCACUCAAAUGGCAGCCCCCGGCCAAUAGAUGGGUCGACUCAUGGGACACUAUUGUACCGCCGAUUACUAACUAUUUAGUAGAGAAACAAGAGGUGCCGGACGGCCGGUGGACUAACCAUACCCUUACGCUCAGUCCAUACGAGAAGCUCUGGGCUCUGUUGGAUGGGCUUAAACCUAAACAGACCUACAGGCUUAGGAUUCGGGCUGUUAAUAGCGCCGGUGCUGGCGAGCCCUGUCAG